ACAUCGUGUUCACUAUUCGAGGCAGCGCGUAGAUGGAAACAACCAUAUGCCGAUUUGUUCUCUCUGUGUGUUCAUAUAGUUUAGAGUGUGGUGUGUUUUAAAAAGCAAAAGAAGAAAAAUUAUUGUUGUAUUAUUACGAUUAUUUUCAUUUUCGAGUUUCACUGUAACCGUAGUGUGGCACAUACCUUAUAUUCAUUGUGCGCGUGUAACGACGACGAAACGAUUGUAAACACAAAUUGGAUAGAACGUGAUAGCAAUAGCAAUUGAAUCGGUCGUGGUCCGUACUGUCAGUUGGCGGCGCUGUUCAUCAUCACAUUCUCAUGAGCAUGAAAUCAUAAUUUUAUGUAUAUUUUAUGGAGCAGCUAAAAAGAUAAACGAGAAUAUGUAAAGAAAAAGUCGAAAUAACAAUAACAUUCGAAACAGUUACAACAACAAUAAUAAUAUUAAGAAGUAAUCUGCAAAGUAAAAUAACUAAACAUAGUGAGUACACAUCGGAAUGAAUUAGUAUACACAUCGAAUUGUAAAACGAGACAUUGUUUUAUGUGUAUUUUGCUCUGGCUCUCACGCGCCGCAUUGAUACCGUCGUCUAUAUUCUAUAUGCAUAUGUGUGUGCAUCGUAAUAACAUACAAGCAGCAACAGCAGCAACAGCAGCACCAGCAGAAGCACCAACAAUAAUAUUUACGAAGCGAAUGUAAAAUCGACCAAAAACGACGACGACGGAGACAAGAGACAUUUAUUUUAACGAGAGUCAACACUUGGUGUACUGAAUAAACGAUACGCACGCAUAUGCUUAACGUGAAGCGUAACGCGUUCUUCAUACGGCAACAGAGAGAUAGAGAGAGAGAGAGAGAGAGAGAGAGAGAGAGAGGAAUUGUAUGCGGAAAACUUGGAGAGAAUUGUAGCGGCAAAUCGUCGUCGGAAGCAUAUGUAUAUGAGUGAGAGAGUGUGUAAUUGUUCGGUGUUGUAAGUGAGUAAGCGCGCGUUUGUUUUGUUUCGAUGGCAUUGCUGUAAAUGUGUGUUCCAUCCGAUUACAAAAUAUUGAUGUGCUUUGCCUAGUCGAGGGCAAAAAACAAACCGGAGAGAAAUAUCAGCGAGAGCUUGUAACAAUAGAAACGAGAGAAGAAUAAAAUCAUUUGACGUAUACAUACACAGAGCGCAUACAUUCCGACAUUUGUAAGAAAAAUUACACCGAAAAAUCGAGAGCAAGAACGACAGAGAGAGAGAGAGGGAGAACGGAUUGAUUUGGAGAAAGUAAGAAAAGGCAAUUGAAGUGACAAAAAAGUGAAUGAACGAAAGAGAGAAGCGCCAAAUAAUUAACAAAACUGAAACAUUUAUUAAAAAAAAACAAAAUAAAAUCCAUCGUGAGUCGAACAAUCGAAAAUCGCACAAACUAAAUCUAAAGGAUUCUGAGGUGCUGAUUGUGUCGUGAUAGUUUUUGUAUGACACAGUCUUGAGAAAAUCAACUGAAUGAGAAUCAAACGAAAUAAACUGGACAAAAAAAUGACAAAUUGUGAUAGUUUCAAGCAGGAGAUCACAGCCGAAUUGGAGAACGUGCAGGGCAAUGAGCUGAAUGCUGCGAUUGUGGCUGCUUCACAGCCUAGCAACGGAGCACAACAAAAUGCCCAACAGGCGCAACAGAAUCAACAGCAAACUGCGCAAGUUCAACAUCAACAAGCCCAUUUGCAGCAACAAAAUGCGGCCACCGGUCAACAGCAUCCGCAAGUGAUAACAUUACAACAAUUGCAAAAUUUUUUGCCAACACAACAAAUUCAAACGAUUACAUCGGCUGAUGGGCAUCAAGUUCAGGUUUCAGCUGCACAAAAUGCAACACCCACAACGCCCAUCAAAUCCGAACGUUUGUUUGUAACGCCACAAAUGCAACCGCAAGUGGUUAAUUUACAAAAUUUACAGGGCAUACCACAGCAAUUUAUUCAGGGCGGUCAAAUUUUACAAAAUGCUGGCAAUGGAAUGUUUCAAGUGGUACAGCCAAUGCAAACGGUUACAGUUGAUGGACAAGAAGCGCUUUUUAUACCAAAUAUGGGCGCAACGGCAAAUCAAUUGAACGGCGCUCAAUCCAUUCAAAUUGGAAAUCAACAAGCAUUUAUAACGCCAAACGGACAAAUCUUUCGACCUGGCGGUAUGCCAACAAAUAUCUUACAGAAUAUGGGACAAACGGUUUCACUACCUACCGCCUUCGGUCAAGCAACGUUAACAAUACCCGGAGGAAAUACCAUAUCAAUACCAUUGGGAAAUUCAUUGGGAAAUCUAACGACGCACAAUGCAACGAACGCAACGGCCGGUCAAAAUGGCCAAAAUCAACAGCAACCAUCACAACAAAAUCAACAACAAAAUCAAACAACGGCCAAUGCAUCGGCUCAAAAUCAACAGACACAACAAUCGCAACAAGCGCAAUCACAUCAAAAUGGCCAACAAAAUCAGGCACAACAAAAUAACCAACAACAAACACAAGCCAAUCAACAACAACAACAACAACAACAACAACAGCAGCAUACAAUCACCAUACCCGGUACAAAUAUUCAAAUACCAACAUCGGCAAAUGGCCUAAUAAAUGCAACGAAUUUGCAGAAUAUUAAGCUUGAAGGAGCAGGGCAAAAUGUUCAGGUGCGACAGGCUGGCACAUUACCACAGGUUGUUCAAUUUCCAGCGAUGCAACAAACGGUACCCGUUCAAGUACCAAUCUCGACAGGAAAUGGUCAAACCAUUUAUCAAACCGUUCAUGUUCCCUUACAAGCUUUCGCUGGACAAAUGCAAGGCCUUGUUCAGCCAGCUCAAAUGCAAUUCUUCCCACAAAUCGCACAGGUUGCGAACAUCAUUACACCAAAUGGUCAAAUUCAACAAGUGCAACUUUCUCCCAUGAAUCAAUUGCAAGUGCAAGGUAUUCCUGGAUUGCAAACAGCUCAGGGUGCAGCAGCCGCUCAGCAACAAAACGUUGUUAUGGUACAGCCAUCACAAAAUUUGUCAUCGGGUCCAGUGGCAGCCGCAUCAAACGGUAUGGGCACCUCAAAUGCACUCGUCCAAUCGGUUCCAAACAACGGCAUUCAAACAAUGGCCAAUGCACAAGAUUCACAACCGAUCACCAUUACAAAUGCUCAAGGUCAACAAAUCACGGUGAUACCAACACAGGCACUCCAACAAAUACGACCCGCCAACGCAAAUAUCAUUCAAAUGCCAAACAUGUCCGGUUUGCAAGCCAUUCCAGUGCAAAACAUACCCGGUUUGGGGAAUGUUCAAGUCAUUCCAGCCAGCGCAUUCAAUGGUGGUAAUGUUCUUACGCCACUUCAAACGGCAAAUUUGCAACAAAAUCAGCAGCAGACACAACAAGCUGCUCAGCAACAAGGGCAAGCACAUCAAAAUGCUCAACAACAGCAAUCAACUCAACAAAAUCAACAGCAAGCCCAGCAACCAGUACAACAGCAUCAACAAACGUCUCAGCCGCAGACAAUGCAAACAAUAACACUAACCCCACAAACGGUGCAGCAUAUCAAACAAGAGCCACAAGAUAAAUGGAUCAUAAGUAAUGUGUCAUCGAAUACAUUGACAUCGCCCGCUCCACAGCCAACAGUGGCCGCCGCUUCACCGGUCACAAAUCAAACAGUAACAACGGUUACAACCAUUCCGCAAACACAAACCACCACUACAACAAUGAAUGUAAAUGACGAUGGCGUGGUUAAGCCACGUUUGAAACGUGUUGCUUGUACAUGUCCCAAUUGUACUGAGGGUGAACGGCAUGCCGAUCGAAAGCGCCAGCACAUCUGUCACAUUCCCGGAUGCAAUAAGGUCUACGGCAAAACGUCGCAUCUUCGCGCACAUUUACGGUGGCAUACCGGCGAACGACCAUUUGCAUGUUCAUGGGUAUUUUGUGGCAAACGUUUUACACGAUCGGAUGAAUUGCAACGGCAUCGAAGAACACACACCGGUGAAAAGCGUUUCCAGUGUCCCGAAUGUAGCAAAAAAUUUAUGCGCAGCGAUCAUUUGAACAAACACAUUCGUACACACACCAAACAAAAGAAUAUCGAAAUGCGACAGGCCGAAACAAAAAGUGAGCCAAAAACCGAGCCAUUUGAUGAAAGUGAUAAAGUGGGCGGUGGCGGAAGUGGCGUCAAUGGUGGCGGUCAACAACAGCAAUCCACACAAUCCACACAAAACCAGUUACAAUCGCAGGUUGCAACGUCGCAAGCAGCAUCGAAUGCAAGCUUCGUCGAUACAACUGGUAACAGCGAAGGUAACGAAAUAUUGGUUUUAGUACCUGCAAAUGGAUUGACAACCGCAAACAUAACCACCGAAUAUAGAGAAAAUGGUCGAAAUUUAGAGCGAAAAACGGCGAACGAUCUACAAAAUUAUAAUCGUGAUACAAAUCGAAAUAGUAUUGUGACUGAACAAAUUGUUUGGAUACCAAAAAUCGAAGCCCAAUCACAAGACGGUCAACAUCAAGCGACAACGUCGGUUAGCAACAUGUGUCAGCCACCACCUCUGUAUAGCCGCAUUAAGCAGCUUAAUUAUUCACAGGAAGCAGCAACGGAUGACAGCAAUGACAGUGGUGAUGAUGAAAAAAUGGUUUUAACUAUUGCAGCUGAAGAUCAUGAUGGCAACGAUAAUUCCAACUAGCAUACGGAUUUGUCCCAAUGGGGAAUCGGAACGCGAUUGUCAUUUGGACAAUUUUAAAAUAGAGUGAAAAUCAUUCACACCGGAUAUCUCCACUAUUUUUCAUAUAUUUUUUAACAAUUUCAUUUUUAUAAUAUAGAUUGUGUAAUUUGCAACACACAAUUAUCAGUCCCAUUUAAACAACAAACAAACAAUUGUAAUGUAAGAAAUAAUGAAAAAAGAAAUUGUACAUAAUUCUCGUUCAUAAGAUUGUAGUUAAUUUAAAUGAAAUAAUUAUUUAAGGCAUAACAUAGAAUUAAUUUAAGAUUUUUUUCACAAUUGUUAGUGAAUCAGCUACAAAAUAGUCAAGUGAAACUUAUUUGUUUAGUUUGUUUUUAUUUUUUGUUUAUUUGGAUUCUGCAUUUUAUGAGAAUGGUUUUGGUUGAAAAUGGUCCAUUUUGAGAUAAUAACACAUUUUGUUUGUUCCAUUUAAAUAUGAGAAUAUGUAUAUGUGUGUACUUUAAAACACAUUUCGACAUUUCGUUCGAUGUGAUUUCCGAAUACAACUGAUUCUAUUUAAUAAUUCCGAAUUGAAGAUGAUUUGGAUGUAUUUAGCCACAUAGCAAUACAUAUCGCCCAUCAAAUUUGUACAAAAGAGAAGACAAAAAAUACACACACACAUACACACAUAUAUAUAUAUAUAUACAAUUAAUCAUUACGCAUCCAAUUUUAAUGUAGCAUGUAGUAAUCAUCCGUUUUUAAACAAAUUUCAUCAAUAUUCAUCGAACAUUUUGAGUAUUUAAAAUGAAAACGUUUUACCAAAAAAAAAAAAAAAAACAAAUCAAAAGAAAUCACAAGAAUGAUUUUAGAACAGUUCACUUGCGUUAAUUGCCUAAAUGAAAGUGUUUAAUUUAUCAAUAAUUGAAUUUUUAGGUAAGUUCUAAUUAAUGUAAAUCAAAAUUUUUCGGUUUUAGAUUAAAUUCUAUUUGUAACGAUUUUAUUAGGAAAAUUACACACGACAAGAAUGAAAUAAUAUACAGUUUUUUGAUGUGAACGCUGACAUAUUGUCAGAAAUUCGAAUGAAAGGUGAAUAAUUCAGAUAAUUUCGCAUUAACGGCGAAAGCAAUUUAGUAUCACGAGGAAAAUUAUUAUGUUCUCUCUUCUUCUUCUUCUUUUUAAGUUAGUUUUCGAAUAGAGCCCAAUUCAAAAUAAAUAUGUUUCGUUUAAUAAAUUUUUUAUUUCUUUAUUUAUUUCAAUUACAUCAAUUAGUUUUUUUAAUCAAAAAUAUUGUUUUUAGUUUAUGUAAUGAUUUCCUUCAAAUAUAGUGGCGAUGAUAACUGAUUUUCGGAACAGAAAAAAAAAAAAAA